AUGUCUGGACGUGGGAAGGGUGGGAAGGGUCUCGGGAAGGGUGGUGCUAAACGUCACCGCAAGAUUCUUCGUGACAACAUCCAGGGUAUCACCAAGCCAGCUAUUCGCCGUCUUGCCCGUCGUGGUGGUGUCAAGCGUAUCUCAGGUCUCAUCUAUGAGGAGACUCGUGGUGUGCUCAAGAUUUUCUUGGAGAAUGUUAUCCGUGACUCUGUCACUUAUACCGAACAUGCUAAGCGUAAAACGGUCACUGCUCUUGAUGUUGUGUAUGCCCUGAAGCGCUCGGGGCGCACUCUAUAUGGUUUCGGUGCAUAA